ACGCGAGCCGCAAAAAUGUUCUCAUGUUGUCGUGCAAAUCCAAAAGCGGCCAAAAAGGAUAAGGACAAGGACAAACAGAGUAAAACGGAUACUAAACCAAACGAACCGCACCCCAGUCCAGUGACUCAGGAGGAACUCAAACCGAAUGGCAAUGUCGCAGCGCCAGAGCCUGAACCGGAACUGGAACCAGAACCGCAACCAGCAUCCAAAACCGAACCCCAAACCGAACCGGAGCCAGCAGAGGCUGUUAAUGUUGAGCAAUCAAUUGCCCUUGACAUAGAAGCCAACGACGCAGCAGCCGCCUCGCCAACGCUACGCUCGACGCACUCAUCCACAUCGACAGCACCGCCCGCAUCGAUGACCAGCGCAACGGAGGAUGAGCCGGCACCGCAGCAGCAGCUGCAGGAGGCGCCGCCGGCAGCCCAUGCGCCGCCCACAAGAAGCUGCCUCUCGCGGCACAAUUCGACGCAUCAUUCGAUCAAGAAGAAGGUCAAUAUUAGUACACGGGCCGAGAUCAUUGAGCCGGAGCCAUUGACCAACUCGCUGCUGCUGCUGCUGGCCAAUCACAAUAACAACAACAAUUCGCUGGCGGAUGACGAUGAGGUCUUCUCGGACUCGCUGCCGCCGCCCAAGCGUGAGAGCAUGUGCGCGCCGUACAUUGAGGGUGAACAGCUGCCGGCCGGAACGCUGGCCCUUGCCCACGGACUGCCCGCCUGGUUUGACGACGAGCGACUCAAUGAGAUCGGCUGCAUCGAGCCACCCGUCACGCCCGUGGGACGCGAUGAGCUGGAACUGAAACGUCAGCGUCUCUACACGGAGCUGCUGCGCGCCGCGCACGCCGCCGUCGAGCACAGCGUGGCCGUGCGUGAUAACAACGAGUCGGAAUCAAAGCCCACGGCUGCCGUUGAGCAUUUGGAAAGGAUUUGUGAACGUCUGGAAACGCUAGUCGAUCGCCUGGAGCAUACGCUAAUAGCGCCGCAGCCAGCAGAGCUAAACACAAAGUCUGAGCCAGAGCCAGCAACACCCGCACCACCCGCACCAACUUUGCCAAGCCAAGCAGCAACAGUUGCAACUGCAGAAGCAGCGCCCAGCAGCAGCAAUAGCAUGAGUGUCGCCGGCUUUGAGGAUAUUAUGGCCGGGCCGCUGAGCCAGUAUCUGGCGCUAUCGGCCAAAAUUGGCGGCGAUGUGGCCCAGCAUGCCCAGUUCGUCAAGGCAGCCUUUGACGCCCAAUUGCGUUACGUGACGCUGGCCACGCAGAUCGCUCAGCCGGCGCAGGCCAAGCAAAUGGAACUGUUGCAGCCAACAUCGACGCAAAUUAGCGCCAUUCAGGAUUUCCGUGAGAAGCAUCGCUCCUCCGCUUUCUUCAAUCAUUUGUCGGCCAUUAGCGAAAGUAUACCCGCCCUGGGCUGGGUGUGUGUAUCGCCGACACCCGGACCGCACGUCAAGGAGAUGAACGAUGCGGGCCAGUUCUAUACGAAUCGUGUGCUCAAGGAGUGGAAGGAGAAGGAUGCCAAGCACGUGGAAUGGGCACGCGCCUGGAUCCAAACGCUGACCGAACUACAGGCCUACAUCAAGCAGUAUCAUACCACGGGCCUGGUCUGGUCGGGCAAGGGCGCAGCACCAGCCGGUAAAGCUCCACCACCGCCACCACCUGGCGGUCUGCCACCACCACCACCGGUACUGGAUCUGAGUGCUCUGAAGCUGGACAGCGCUGCCGAUGAUCGCAGCGCGCUCUUUGCGCAAAUCAAUCAGGGCGCCGACAUUACCAAGAAUCUGAAGAAGGUAACCGGCGACAUGCAAACGCACAAGAAUCCAUCGUUGCGCACUGGCCCCGCGCCCUUCAAGACGCCAGCCAGCAGCAGCAGCGGAAGCACAGCUGGUCGUGCCAAUGCGCCCGCCAAGGAGCCCGUCUUUACGCUAGAUGGCAAAAAGUGGCUAAUCGAGUAUCAGAAGAACAAUACGGGCUUGCGUGUGGAGAAUGCCGAACUGAGCAAUGUGGUGUAUAUGUACCGCUGCGAGGGCUCCACUCUCACCGUCCGGGGCAAGGUGAACAACAUUGUGAUGGACUCGUGUAAAAAAUGCUCGCUGCUGUUCGAUUCGGUUUUGUCCUCCAUUGAGUUUGUCAACUGCCAGAACAUUCAGAUGCAGGUGUUGGGCUCGGUGCCAACUAUUUCCAUUGACAAGAGCGAGGGCUGUCAAAUGUAUUUGUCCAAGGAUUCGCUGGGUGUGGAAAUCAUAAGCUCCAAGUCCUCGGAGAUGAAUGUACUUCUGCCAGAGGAGAAUGGUGACUAUGUCGAACUGGCUUUGCCGGAGCAAUACAAGACCUUCAUCAAUGGCAAAACCCUCAAGACUGUGUGCUUGGACAGCCUGGGUUAAUGCCGGCGUCAAAUCGGGAAUCCCAAGGGCGUCGUUGAUUGCUUUCGAAAGAAAAAGAAACAAAACAAAAACAAAUAUAUCCACCCCAAAGGCAGACCGCAUUCAGCUAAUUGAACUGGUUGCAGCAAAGCUAAAAUAAUCUAAUUUUAAGCGCAGAGUUUUCGUGUUUAUGUGUAUUUAUCAUUUUUGUAAUGUACGAGAAUUUAGAAAAAUGGUUGCCAAAUUUCUGCUGCGAGCGCUUGGGGCAAAAAGUAUUCACAACAUUUUUGCAGAAAAACAAAAACAAAAAUCAAAACAAAAAAAAAAACAAGAGCAAAACAUAUAUACAUAUAUAUUUAUUUUAUAAUGCAAGAAGCAAUGCAACGUGACCCGAACGAGAAUCCAAUUUGUAUUAAUAUAUUUAAAAAUCAAUGAAAAUAAUGCACGAAACUUUGUCAACAUU